GGUUGCUUGCACAUGCGUUUUGCCGUGAAAAUGCUUGGAAAAGAUUUGGACAAGGAGUAGUACUAAAUCGUUUAUCGUUUCCAAACACUCAAUCACCAUCUUUCUAUCUAACUAUUGGCGAAGGUUCGGCUCCAUCUGUUGUUCAGGUUUCUAUCUGUUGGCUUAUUUUGGGUACACAUUGAAUUCCAGAAAAAUGGGAGCUCUUAGUCAUUUACGUGUUCUUUCUACCGAUGCUCUGGAAGAUCUGAAGCAGGUCCUAGACCAGUUCCCGCGGUUCGGAUUGUUCCCCCACAACGCAGCGGCUGCACCUGCAAAAAUUUUACCCAGUGUCCGCAUUUCAUCUGCUGCAAAACGCGUCGCCAGCACGAGCUUCUCCGGGUUGUUUUCCUCCGGCUCCGACGAGGACGGCCCGUACGUUGAUCCUGAGACCGCAGAGAAAUCCGCGGGGCAGCACGAAACCAAAGUUCCACGCGGGGAGGCGGAGUACGUGGGGCAGGACGAGGUGCAGAAAUCGAUAGGCGGGGAGCACGUCGAGGAGCACAGUGUCGGGGACAAGGAAACUGGCGGCAAGUCCGUGAAGGAGCGGGUUGCGGAAAUGGAGCGCGAGAAGAAGCUUGAGGAGAUGGAAGCAAAUGGCGAAGUUCCGCCAAAGGAACUCGAAUCGGCGGAACAAAAGGAGGAGGACCUCGAGGCGGAGGGAGAAAAAAAUGCGGAACACAACAACCACGAGCCCGAUGCGGGCGAUAGAGCGAAGGAAGACAACGAGGAGGAGAUGGCGUUUCAGAAAACUGAGGCAGAAGAGGAAGCUGGGACAAAAACGCCGGUACAAGAGCACAAGGAGGAGGAGGACGAGGAAACGGAGGCGGAGCUGGGCGGCCGGCCGGAAGGCGAAGCGGGCCCGGGGGACGGCGAACAGCCGCUGGCAAACAUGCAAGGAAUGUCCGAUCAGCAAGCAGAUGUGGGCGUGGAAAGUCCAACAGGAGAACCAGAAAAUCCACUAGCAGAAUCAUCCUGAUUUAUUGUUUCGACAAUAAAGUGCGUUUCAUGUUCAUCGUCUACUGCUCGUUAUGAUUCGAGCGGAAUGUUGAAGUGGAAGAAUGGAAGGGAAUACAUUGCGUUCAUCACAAAUAAACCGGCACUAUUGCAUACCCUC